CAAGUGAUUAUAAUUAAAGUGACAAAGCAAGUUAAGUCUCAAGAAUCUCUCAAGCUAAUUGAUUCUUCAAUUUCCUAUUGCAAUAACCAGAAAAAAAGAAGAAGAUGAAAACAGAAGGCCAGUGGACAACAAAUCUCUUCGACUGCUGGGAUGAUGGAUCUCUUUGUGUGAAGACUUGCUUUUGUCCAUGUGUUACCACGGGAGAGGUCGUUGAGAUACUUGAUCAAGGCACUACAUCUAAAGGACAUGCUUGUCUUCUGGCUUAUGCUAUGGGUAGCAUUCACUGUGGAUGGAUUUAUGGAAGAAGAUAUAGAAGAAAAUUGCGAGAAAUAUUUAAAUUACCAGAGACGCCAUACUCGGACACUUUGAUUAGUUGCUGCUGUUGUGUUUGUGGUAUUUGUCAAGAAUACAGGGAACUCAAAAACCGUGGCGCCAAUCCAUCCCUUGGAUGGGAAGGCAAUGUUGAGAAAUGGAAACGAGAAGGGGUAACUGCGCCACCCAUUCCUACAUCUUCCAUGAGUCGUUAAUUAGUCUCUUCUGUUGUGUAAUCAAUAUUUAAUACAGUGAUGUUUGUUUGUGCCAUGAUGUCUUUUUUUCUUUUUUUUCUUUUUUCUUUUUAUGUAUCUUCUAUUGGAGAGAAAAUGUAAAAUUGGGUAGUUUCUACAAGGUUGUAUUUGUGAUAUGUGUAUACUGUUUAACUAUGUAAUUCUCACGUUAAUUAAUAAAUUUGUUUGUUGAUGAUACUAAUAAUAUCGAAUUUACCUCUC